CGUACGGCCGCCUCUAAGAGCGCGAGCCGGGACUAUGGCGCUGGCGAAAACGGGCUAUGGGCAGUACUUGCUGCUCCUAGCGCAGCAGAACGUAGAAUUCCGGUUGCCGGAAAUAAAGUCUUUGCUUUCCCUCUGUGAUGGAAGAUUCAGCAAUUCACAAGAACUGAGAUUAAAGAGCCCGUUUUGGAUUCUUGACUUGCCUUCUGAAGAGGUAGCUAGAAGACUAAUGAAACGAACAGUAUGUGCAAAAUCAAUAUUUGAGCUGUGGGGUCAUGGGAAAUCUGUAGAAGAAUUGCAUUCUUCACUGAAGAAUUAUCCAGUAGAAAAAAUGGCUCCAUAUUUACAGUCCAACUUCACCUACAAAAUAAUAGUCCAUGCUUUCAACAAAACGCUAACACAAGCAGAGAAGAUUCAAAGAAUAGAUUCUUUGCAGUUUUUACCAUUUAAAGGACGUGUAGAUUUAAAUAAUCCAGAUCAUACAUUUUGGUUUCUAGAAGAUCAUGGAAUUUAUCUCGGCAACAGUACAGAACAGCCUAUUGGCUUAUACUUUGGAAGAUGGGUUGCCAAUGGACAACGGGACCUUAUUGAAUCCUACAGUGUUAAAAAAAGACAUUUUAUUGGGAACACGAGCAUGCAUUCCGGCUUGGCUUUUAUCAUGGCAAACCAUGGAAAAGUAAAACCAAACAAUAUUGUGUUCGAUCCUUUUGUGGGAACAGGUGGACUUCUUAUAGCUUCUGCGCACUUUGGAGCAUAUGUCUGUGGCACAGAUAUAGAUUAUAAUAUAGUGCAUGGGUUGGGCAAAGCUAGUAGAAAAAAUCAAAAGUGGAGAGGACCUGAUGAAAAUAUCAGAGCCAACCUUCGUCAGUACGGUUUGGAGAAAAUACUACCUUGACAUAUUUGUUUUGAUGCAUCAAAACCCAUAUGGAGGAAGGGGAGUGCAGUUUGAUGCAUUCAUUAACAGACCGUAUAGUGAAGAUCCAAAA